UUUUGGCAAACUUUACAUCAACUUCCUUUCCUUUACCCUGCUAGCAAAAAAAUUGACUAGUUAGCUUAACCAGCCCUUUGAAAGCGUGGUGUUAUAAAUAUUAUGAGUUGUGCAAGUGCUGCAGUCUAGCUAACGCACCACAUAAAACUGAACAAGAUGAAUAUACGAAACGCCAGGCCGGAGGACCUUAUGAACAUGCAGCACUGUAACCUUCUGUGUCUGCCAGAGAACUACCAAAUGAAGUACUACUUUUACCAUGGAUUGUCCUGGCCCCAGUUAUCAUACAUCGCCGAGGAUGAAAAUGGAAAAAUUGUGGGUUACGUGCUGGCAAAGAUGGAGGAAGAUCCAGAUGAUGUGCCUCAUGGACAUAUCACAUCGCUGGCUGUGAAGCGCUCCCAUCGACGUCUAGGUCUGGCUCAGAAGCUGAUGGACCAGGCCAGUCGCGCCAUGAUUGAGAACUUCAACGCCAAAUACGUCUCGCUUCACGUACGCAAAAGCAACCGAGCGGCCCUACAUCUCUACUCAAACACACUCAAGUUCCAGAUCAGUGAAGUAGAACCCAAGUACUACGCAGACGGGGAGGACGCCUACGCCAUGAAGAGGGACCUGGCCCAUAUGGCAGAUGAGCUGAGAAAGCCUGGUCCCCGUGUGCCGGCUCAGGAGGCGCCUUCCGGUUCCGGUGACCCAGAGAGAGAAAACGAAAGAGACAGCGGCGGCGAGAGCAAAGAGCUGAGCGAAGUCAGCGAGGCCACCGAGAGCACGGAUGUCAAAGAUUCCUCCUCGGAUUCGCAAUGACACUUGUAGGCCUUUUUUCUGGUUUGUUUUUUUAAAGGAAAUAAUAGAAAAGAAUAAAUUCCUUUUUAAUGCCCCGCCCGCCCCUCCCUCGACAAUGCGCUCACAAUCAUGACGAGAUGACACCAUUUUUUUUUUUGCUAUACACUCUGGUCUGCCCAUGUAACACACUGAAGCUAAUAAAUAUGAUACAGUGCAUCACUAGUGCAAUAAUUAGAAUAAACGUUUUUGGAAAUGAAGGCCUGUUUUGCCAAUAGUGAAAAUCAUUAAUCCCCCCUUGAAAAGAUUUGUAAUUCCUUAGAGAGGCCACAGGAUGGCAGGAAAGCACACGUCAUUAUAAUUCCCGAUGAUGGCAGAGCAGCUUUGCUUUGACCAGUGGAGGUGAGUUUUUCAGCCAGUCCUGGCAGAUUGGAUCUGCAAUAGUUAAAGAGAGGAUUAUAUGAUGCACACUACACAGAAGAUAGGCAAAAAUCUUUGUUGUAAAAUAAAAUGGUACUCUAGACCUCUAAAAGUUGAGUACUGGGUUCUGGUCUGAAAUUUUAGGACAAACCUACAAUGCACAAUCAGUUCAACACACUUCUGAAAUGUAUUGAAUGCAAACGUUGAACUUUUAAACGUUCCAAAGCUUAUUCCCCAACAAGGAGUGAACCAGCAAAAUUUGCAACUAGUGUUUGAGCCACGAAUAUUUCCAGAAAUGCACACUUUUACUCUAAUUCUUUCAAUCUCCAUAGAUUUCCUGAUUUUGAGUUUGCUGUGUUUAUCCCAAAUAAAGUCAGAAUCAUGUAAAAAAAAAAAAAUAUUCAAAGACUUCCUCAAAUCACACAACCUUUUCAAAUUGUCGUUUUUUCUUUUCCUUUUUUUUUUUCUAUUACGCAACUUAAUCCACUUUAGAGGAAGGAAGUGAGUGAGGAGUUCCAAACAGAAUGUCCAAACAGUUUGAUACGAGCCACCAGAAAUGGAAAAUAACUUGUUCAUGGUACUUGAGAGCAGCCAGUUAAAUUGUGCGCAACAAAGCAUGUAUUCACUUCUGAAGCCGCAUCACGAGGAUCCCCGAGGCCAUCAUAAACAUUAAUCCUCAUAAAGUGCCGUCAUGACCUCACACUUUUAUAUACGUAUCACCGUGGGCAUAUGUAAACCAUUUUUAGGCCCUCGAUUCCUCUGGUGAGUCCUUUAUUAUCAUUCUUUUCUAUCAUUCUCCUAAAAUUAGCAUAGUGCGCUGCACUUUUAUUUUGACUGCAAAAUCAAAUAAAAUCUGUCUGAAUGUAAA